AUGUCUGACAAUGUUGCUCAUGCAUUAAGUGGUAGGUAUUUCCUUACCGUAGAGAAUGAACGUGCCGGUGGAGGCAUUAUAGCAAUGACCUUGACCUAUCCCUUGGUGACUGUAAGUUCUCGUUUACAAGUACAAAAAAACAACGAAGGUGCUAACGUGUAUAAGGGUAGUAUAGAUGCUUUGGUAAAAAUUUUCAACAAUGAGGGCAUACGUGGUUUGUACUCCGGGUUGACCUCUGCCAUAUUUGGUAUUGCAGUUUCAAAUGGCGUAUACUAUUAUUUUUAUGAGCUAACAAAGGCGUUUUUUGAGAAAUCGGUAACUAUCAAGCGCGAUAUAAGUACUGUUGAAUCAAUGAUUGCUGGCGCUUUAGCUGGUUGUGUCACAGUAUUAUUUACUAAUCCUAUAUGGGUCGUAAAUACGCGUAUGACUACACGUAAAGAAUCGCUUGAUGACAAUGACACCGAGCUUAAAGAAUCGCUGGAUGAUACCAAACUAAAAGGAGAAUCUAAAAGACUUGGAACUCUAGCUACCAUUUUAAAAAUUAUCAAAGAUGAUGGACCUAGUGCGUUCUGGGCAGGUGUCAUGCCUGCUUUCAUCUUGGUGGCCAAUCCGAUUAUUCAAUACACUGUAUUUGAACAAUUAAAAGCACGAUUACAAAAAGCAAAGAAAUUGGGAAAUCUUGAUUUCUUUUUGUUGGGCGCGUUAAGCAAACUCGCGGCGACUGUAGUCACAUAUCCAUAUAUUGUCAUAAAAUCUCGAAUGCAACUUCGUCAGUCACAUGACUCGAAGACGAGAUACGAUUCUACGUUAGACGGAAUUCGAAAAAUAGUCACCAAUGAGGGAAUUGGAGGUCUAUAUAAAGGAAUUAAUUCAAAAUUGCUCCAAUCUGUUUUGACUGCUGCAUUGGAUCGUCUGGUUCUACUCUUGGAUACCGGGUCCACCCCAGCUGUGCGGUUAACUGCGGCUCAACAGUUGGGCGAGAUUCAAAAACAGCAUCCUAGCGAAUUGUAUAAUUUGUUGUCACGGGUGGUUGUCCACUUAAGAAGUAAAAAUUGGGAGACUCGCAUCGCUGCAGGGCAAGCAAUUGAAGCCAUUGCUAAUAAUUUACCACAAUGGGAUCCUGCUGAAUCCGCCAAAAGCGAACAUGAACUUGUAAAUUCUAAUAAAUUUGCGCUUGAAAACAAGUAUUCUUUCGAUAACUUUGAUAUUGCCAAUGUGUUACAAGGUGGAAAAUUGCUUUUGGGCUCAGCUGGAAAGGAAUAUGAUUUCGAUUUAAGUGAAUUGGAUCCAGCCGUGCGUUUGGCUCUACAACGUAAAAACUUGAGCGAACGAUUAGGAUUGGGCAGUCAAUUCAUGGAUGUCGAUCUUUUUGACGAAUCCGAUAUUGCUGAUGCUGAUUUGUCUGGAUUGAGCGCAAGAGAGAAGAAUAAAUUAAAGCGGAAGGCGAAGAAAGAUGCUAAAGACAAGGGGAAGGAUAAGGUACGCGUCGUAGACAUUGGUCGAAGAAGACCGAGUGUCAGUGAAGUUAAUACACCGAUAGUGACGCCUGCUACCGGAUCAAUCUCACCGUCAGGCGUUAAAAUAGAAGAAGCUCUUAAGCCAGAAGGAUAUUUCAAUUUCACACCACAGCCAUGUUCAGAUAAAAUUGUGGUUGAGGCAAAAAAAGAAAGCGGGCUAAAUGUUUUGGAGUCACAAUCAAAUGGAUGGCCCUUUGAAGGCGUUUGUGAAUUGCUUUGUAUGGAUUUAUUUGAUCCCUGUUGGGAAGUUCGUCAUGGUGCCGGUAUUGGGCUAAGAGAAAUUCUUAAAGUGCAUGGAUACGGUGCAGGGCGUGUUGGUUGUGAGAAUGAUGAAAGACACUACAAAUGGCUGGAAGAUGUAGCCAUUCGUUUACUUUGUGUCUUCUCUUUAGAUAGAUUUGGUGACUUUGUUUCUGAUCAAGUAGUUGCUCCAGUACGCGAGACUUGCUCUCAGACAUUAGGCGCUUUACUACGCUACAUGUCACCGCAAGGGGUUAAAAAAGUUCAUGAAAUACUCUUACGUCUGAUUUAUCAAACAGACUUUUCGCAAAAUAAUUUUUUAUCGAUUUGGGAAGUUCGACAUGCUGGCAUGCUAGGUUUGAAAUAUGCCGUUGCAGUCAGGAGAGACUUAGUGGAACUGAUGUUGGAAGGGACCGUUGGUGCUGUAGUACUCGGAUUGAAAGACGCAGACGAUGACGUGCGUGCUGUAGCAGCCUCAAUUCUAUUACCUAUCGCAGAUUCUUUUAUAAAACUUUCAGCACAUAACAUACCUGAAGUAGUUACCGUGCUGUGGGAUUGUCUUAAAGAUCUAAAAGAUGAUCUAACAGCAUCUACAGCCAAUGUCAUGGAUCUUUUGGCAAAACUAUUUUCUUUCCCAAGUGUUUUGGAUUAUAUGAGAAAGGCUGCAGCCUCAGAUCCGAGUCAUUCGCUAAAGACUUUGGUUCCUCGGUUAUAUCCAUUCUUUCGGCAUACAAUUACCUCAGUACGUACAGCUGUGCUGAAUACAUUAUUGACGUUUCUUGGAAUGGAAGGUGUAGACGAAUGGGUAGAUGACCAAGUUUUUAGGCUUGUAUUUCAAAACAUGAUUGUUGAGGAGAAAAGAGAUGUGCUUGAUCUAUCUCUACAACUCUGGUCAAAAUUAUUAAAUCAUACUACAUCAGACGACGGAAACAAUAAGAUCACACUUUACACUGCAUCCCAUAUUCGCAAUUGGUUUUCGAUUAUUAUGACUCCUUUAGGCACUCCACUCCCACAACGUCUAUUUUUCAUUCCGGAUGGGUCUAUGAUAUCACCGACAACGCCUACAACAUCCUCUGCAUCCACUCAUGCUGGACGUCGACCGCGUGGUCCUAAACGAACUGAAGAAAGCAAUGGAAAUUCUUCGUCGAUUAGCCAUAAUGUUGACGCGGGAAUGUUACAACAAGAUUUUGCACUUGUUAGCGUGGAAUCUGUUGUGAGAGGUAGAGUGACUGCUUCUAAGGGACUGGGCCUAUUGAUGAGUAAAUGCCCACAAGAAUAUUUGGAAGCAACCUUCAAGGAUAUUAUUUUAUCGUUUCUCUCAUCGGCUUUAGCCUCGAAUAGGCAACUAUCUUCAGUAAUUAUCGAAGAGUGGGCUCGAGCCGCUUUCGGAAAUAUCGCACCUGAUCAUGAUAUUUUAGUUGCCUCCUUUCCGCUUGCAUCUUGUCUUUCGUCGACUUUGAUUUCAAGUUUGGAAUCAGAACCUCCCGCUUAUUAUGUUGAACUUUUGCCUAUUCUUCGUCGUAUUCGCGGCGAAUGCCAAGCAUUAUUAAAUAGCUUUGUUUCAGAUGCAAAAAUCUCCCUAGACUUGAUACCAUCUCUGCCGACUAAUGUUCUCGGUGAACCAGGAAAUGCCGACAAUUCAUAUUUUUGUGUAGAAACAGCUGUUCACAUCGUUUCAGAUACAUUUGACCAAUUAUCUGCGAAUAUUCACAAAAAUCGAAAAUCUAUUAUCGAGGCGUUGGAUGAUCGUAAACGUCGCGUAUUAUCAUCAAUUGGGUUUUAUGAGUCCUCCAAACAGAAGCUGGACACCAAUGUAUAUGCUGCAAUAUCAGGAGCAAUUGUUGCAUUACGUGUGCUACCCCCCAAACUUAAUCCUGUUAUUCGAUCAAUAAUGAACUCUAUCAAAACUGAAGAAAAUUGUGAACUUCAAGAGCGUUCGGCUGCAACACUAGCAAGUCUUGUAGCUCUCUGUUCAUCUGACAAAAAUUCGGGAAGAGUCAAUCCAAAUGACAAGAUAGCGAAAAACUUAUGCGCGUUUCUUUGUCAGGAUCAGACGAAUACACCCGUGUUGCAAAAUAAUCGUAAUAAAGAGGGAAUACUAUCACUGCAGAAAGCUAAAGAAAAUAAUUCAGACGCCAAUAAAGAAGAAGAAUUGAAGGCUCAAAAAUUGGUCAGACGUGGUGCUGAAACUGCGUUACGACAAUUCGCUUCUCAGUUUGGGCCGAAUCUUUUUCAAGUCGUGCCAAAGCUGUGGAAUUGUAUUCAUUCCAGUUUGCACGCCGUUUUCGUUAAAGGUAAUGGCGAAGAAAAGAAUGAAGAAGAGAUAAAUUCGAAAUUAAAUGCAACUGAUGCUGGACAGGAUGUUAUUGAUUCCCUUCAAGUCCUACAAAUAUUAACGCCUGCAGUUCACGAAUCUUUACACUCAAAAAUAACAGAAUUAUUGCCGCAAAUUAUUAAAGCUGUUCAAUGCAAAUAUUCUGUUAUUCGAUAUGUAGCAGCUCGAUGUUUUGCUACAAUAGCUAAUGUAGUUACUAUCCCAAGUAUGCAAAUAAUUAUUGAUCAAGUAAUACCAUUUCUGGGCGAUUCUCAAAGUGUUAUUCAUCGACAAGGCGCUGCAGAACUUAUUUACCAUGUUGUACAAACGAUGGACGCCAAAAUACUACCUUAUGUUAUAUUCAUGAUAGUUCCAGUGUUAGGACGUAUGAGUGAUGCGGAUGAAAGCGUAAGAUUGGUCACUACCAAUUGCUUCGCCAUGUUGAUCAAAUUGGUUCCUUUAGAGGCAGGAAUUCCUAAUCCGCCUGGCCUCUCACCCAAAUUAUUACAACAUCGAGAAGAUGAACGUCGAUUCCUUGCACAGCUUUUAGAUAGCCGCAAACUGGAUCAAUAUGAAAUUCCGGUGGCUAUAAAUGCUGAACUAAGGAAAUAUCAACAAGAGGGAGUGAAUUGGUUAGCUUUCUUGAGCAAAUACCAAUUACAUGGUAUACUAUGUGAUGACAUGGGCCUGGGUAAGACUUUGCAGUCUAUUUGUAUUUUGGCCAGUGAUCAUUAUACACGUGCAAUGAAAUACAAAAAGACCAAAAGUCCAGAUUGUGCACAUGCUCCUUCACUGGUUGUUUGCCCUCCCACACUCACUGGACAUUGGUAUCAUGAAAUAUUACACUAUACCAAUUCAUUGAAACCAUUGUCGUAUAUUGGAGGACCAAAGGAACGAGAAAAACUUCGUCCGAAAAUUCUUGAGCACGAUGUGAUCAUAAUGUCCUAUGAUAUCGUUCGCAAUGAUAUCGAAGAACUUGCUAACAUAAACUGGAACUAUUGCAUUCUUGACGAAGGUCAUGUUAUUAAAAAUGGGCGAACGAAAAUAACAAAGGCAGUAAAGUCGGUUAAGGCAAAUCACCGCUUAAUCUUAUCGGGUACUCCAAUUCAGAAUAAUGUACUCGAACUUUGGUCCCUGUUCGAUUUCUUAAUGCCUGGAUUUCUAGGAACCGAGAAACAAUUCAAUGAACGGUUUGGAAAACCAAUUCUUUCUAGUCGGGAUAGUAAGAGUUCCUCUAAAGAACAAGAAGCUGGUGCCUUGGCCCUUGAAGCACUACACAAACAAGUGCUUCCAUUUUUAUUACGAAGAUUAAAAGAAGAUGUAUUAAAUGAUUUACCUCCAAAAAUUAUACAAGAUUAUUAUUGCGAACUUAGUGACUUGCAGAAACAAUUAUACGAGCAAUUCGCUAAAUCACAAGCUAAAAGUAAUGUCGAAAGUGAACUUGAUUCUGAAGCUGAAGUUGUAGAGGAAAAAGAAACCAAGAAAGCGACACACAUUUUCCAAGCACUACAAUAUUUACGGAAAUUAUGUAAUCAUCCACUACUAGUCGUGAAUGAUAAGCAUCCUCAAUAUAAUUCAGUUAUGGAACGACUGAAGAAAAACAAAUCAUCUUUGCACGAUCUUCAGAACGCACCAAAGCUUUUAGCGUUAAAGCAACUUUUGCUCGAUUGUGGUAUUGGAAUAUCGCCAGAAACAGAAAACAAUUCUGGUGUCGAAGGCGCUGUUAGUCAACAUCGUGCCCUUAUAUUCUGUCAACUAAAGACCAUGCUUGAUAUUAUCGAAACCGAUCUAUUCAAACCUUUAAUGCCUAGCGUGAGCUAUAUGCGUCUUGAUGGCUCUGUCGACGCAAAUAAGCGUCAUGGUAUCGUCCAAAAAUUUAAUCAAGACCCGUCUUAUGAUGUCUUACUGUUAACUACACAUGUUGGAGGGCUUGGUCUUAAUUUAACUGGGGCAGAUACCGUUAUUUUUGUGGAGCAUGACUGGAAUCCAAUGAAGGAUUUGCAGGCCAUGGACAGAGCGCAUCGUAUUGGGCAGAAAAAAGUGGUUAAUGUUUAUAGAUUAAUAACACGUGGCACUUUGGAAGAAAAAAUCAUGGGUCUUCAAAAAUUCAAGCUCAACAUUGCCAACUCUAUCGUCAAUCAACAAAAUUCUGGUCUCCAAAGUAUGGACACUGAUCAAAUUCUUGAUCUAUUCAAUGUAACAUCUCACGAUACCAAAUCCGGCACAAGUGUCGAAAAAACUAGUAGCGCUGCUGCGAGUUCUGCUAGUCUUACUAGCGGUAAUGCUUAUAGUAAUGUCAUUGGCGGUGGGUCAAAAGGGAAAAAGGCUUCCACUAAAAUUGUGCUCGAAAACUUGGAAAAUUUAUGGGAGGAUACACAGUACGAGGAUCUUAAUUUAGAUAACUUUAUAGAGUCUUUGAAUACGGGAGGAGGCUCUAAGAGUUGA